AUGUUCGCAUCGCAGAUAUCAAGCCGACUUCUUAUUUCAAAGGAGUGCAUCUCGAAUGAGGUUCUCGUUGGAAACCUCUGCGAUAUGUCAUUCUGUGAAAAUGCUGUUCGGGGCAUGGACACGAUCCUGCACUUUGGCCGCGACAAUGGCGAACGACUUCAUCAUAUACAAGGACAAUUCAACAAUGACAUUCAACCUCGUACAUGCAGCUGUAUGCGGGGUGUUCGGCGUUUCUUCUAUGCAUCUUCCGCCUGCGUGUAUCCAACAUCCUUGCAGCACCAUGCCAUGCCAACCCCCGUAUCUCUCCGCGAGCAGGGACUUUGCCACAAGAUGGAGAUACGCAUUGCUCGGUUUCAUAAUGUCUUUGGCCCACGUGGCACAUGGUUUGGCGGGCAUGAAAAGGCGCCCGCUGCACAGCUGAGAAAGGCUCUCGCCGUACACAUGGAGCCCAACGCUCAGCAUGAAAUCGAGAUUUGGGGAGACGGAAAACAACUGCGGAGCUUCCUCUACAUCAACGAUUGUGUGGAAGCCAUUCUCCUUCUCAUCGAGUCCAACUGCAGUGAACCAAUUAACAUUGGAUCUGACUGCUCCGUGGCUAUCGAGGAUCUCACGAAGAUUGCAGUGCAAUCUGUCGGCAUGAACAUAGGAGAUGAUUCUCGUCCGAUCGGAGUCCAUGCCCGCAACUCAAACAACGACUUCGUUGUGGAGACAUUGGGAUGGACUCCGCAGGUGACCCUCGAGGCCGGGCCAGCCGGGACCUCGCUGUUGCGCAGUCUUAAAACAAGCGAGGUCGUAUACUUGAAUAAACCCACCAUCCACAUUCGCUAUCUUACUUCCCAUCACCUCCCGUGGUCUCGAGCGCCCGAAAAGAGCCUCGACAACCUUCGAAUCUUUGCACAGUCCCUUGCCCGCACUACAUGGCGUGACACGCGCGAGCUUGGCGUUGUCCGUUUUCAGGACGACGAGUAUCUCCAGCGCCCUGCGAAGAAUGACGAGAAGUCAAAUAUCACCGAAUCAGUCUUAUUAGAAGAGGGGAUCGUGAAUGUCUCGACCGAGAUUUGCGAUGUACCACGCGGUCAUGUCUGCGCCAUAUGGCGCCAGUGUGCACACCGCGCUUGGAAGGAAGAGGCCGACUAUCUUGUGCUAAUGGGCGAUGACGUGGUUCUACUCGAUGAAGGCUGGAUGAGAGAGAUCCACAAACAACGGCGACCCUUUCCUCUUCCAGCUGUACCGCAAAUGGGCUGCUCCGAAAUGAUUCCAUCAAGAAUUUCCAAUGGCGUUGGUGGAAGCUUACCUGCACGCUACACCCAGAAACAUGCAGACGGAUGGACGUUCGGGUCCACUCCAAAAAUGCCGCAUCAGCACUGGAGGCAUGGUUGGCGACUCAUGUUUAUCAUCAUCAUUGACAACCCACGCUCUCCGAGCAUUACCGAGCUGGAAGCGAAGUAUGCUCAUCGCCCAGAUGUCCGCAUCCGCGUCAAUGAAAGGAACCUUGGCGCUUCGGCGUCACGAAACAGAGGCAUGAAGGAAUCUGCCGCGGAAUGGAUUCUAUUUCUUGACGACGACGUAACACCACGAGCUGACAUUCUGAUCGAAACUGAGAAAGUCAUUCGUACGAAUCCACAGGCUGCUGGUUUCAUUGGAAACAUCGAUUUCCCUGUUGCCAACACUAUUUUCACCAAUGCCGUUCACCUUGCCGGCGUGACUUUCUUCUGGGACAUUGCCGCGAAGAUGCCACGGGAUGAGAGUGACAUGCCUUGGGGAGUAACGGCAAACCUCAUCGCCCGCCAUGUUCAGGAUUGUGUAGAGUUUGACUUGCAAUUCCCGAAAACAGGUGGAGGAGAAGAUAUCGACUUUUGGUUCUAUCCUGCUCCUCAUGUCGCCGCAACUCACCCUUGGUGGAACGAGGGUCAAAGAUCGUACUGGCGUUUUUACAUGUGGUCCAAAGGCGAUGGGGGGCUCAUAAAGCUCUACCCAAAUCUGACUUAUCUAGAUCACUCCCCAAACAGCGCAGAGCUAUUCCUGAUCAGCGCGUCAUUGGCGAUCUUAGGUGCAUUCACGUACUUUUCCACACGGAGCACCACCAUGCUCAAUGUUGCAAUGAGCCUCGCAAUGGCGACGGCCAUUGCAAACAUCGCGCAUGAUGUGUACCGUCAUUUGUGGAGAGAUGCGGAUCGCACAAAAGCUCUCAUCGCCGAAAGUGCGCUGAUCAGGAUGGCGAGCGAGGGUGGGAGGUUGAUUGGCCUACUUGAGCGGGGAGAAAUUUUACUCAUCGGGCGAAGGUUUGACUGGUUCACUGGAAGGGCAGGAGAUGGUCCGAUGAACGAGGAAAGAAUGAAUGGACGACAGAGAAUGACGCUGGCGGCUCUCAUCGCUGGUGUAUUAUAUUUCAAGUUUUCCUACUAG